AUGAAGGAGUACAUAAUUCUACAUGGAUUAAAUGAUUCAAGAAAUUGUUAUUUGUUGUAUGACUGUAUAGACAAAGCUUGGAUCAAACACAAAGAAAGACCAGCUGUUUUUCUUGAAAAUGAUGAAGACUUUGAAACAGUUUCAACUUCUAUUCUCAAACCACGCUUGAAGCAUUGCGGAUUCGUGGUGGCUUAUGGUCAAGAUGUUGGAGAAGCUUUACGACUCUGGGUUGGAAAUGAAGGAAAGCCUGAGAUCAAGACUGAAGUAGUAGAUGAAUGCCAUGCAAACGAUAUUUCUUACUCUUCUGAAUAUGGCGAAUCAUCUGUUGGGUACUCUAUGUGGCGAAAUACUUGGUAG